UUUGGCCAUAUAGUUGAGCUUAUUAAGGACCACCCUUGCUUCCAGCCCACCGGUAAUAAGGGUCAAGCAAGCGUCAAAAUUCAAAUGAUGGUUGCUCUCCAACGACUUAUGCACAAUGGAUCUCUGGCUUCCUACGAGUCGAUUGGCCCUUCUAUGGGUGUAUCUGUUGGUAUCGUACACAAGUAUUACCAGCGGGUUGUUACUGCACUUUGCGCCAAAGCCAACGAUAUCAUCAAAUGGCCCGAUGCCAACAGAAAAGCGGAAAUUAAG